ACUUGCUGGGCUCCCCUCUCUCUCUCUCUCUCUCAAUUCUACUCCAUUUAUUGUUGUUUCCCUUCCCUCUCAGUACUCUCACAAGCACAAAAAAACACAAACCAAAAAAAAAACUAAUCCCUCCCUCGAUCGUCGUGCAUGCCUAAGUCUGUCUCUUGCUUGAUAUUCGUCUCUUUCCUCUUCCUCUUCCUCUUCCUCUAUAUUUGUGUCACCUUCUCUCCCUUACCACUACCAUCAAAGCAAAGAAACCCCCUUCUUUGACUCUCUCUCUCUCGUAAACCUAAAACACUUGCUAACUAAGUUGUGUUAUUUCCAAAGACAAAUAAAGAAAAGAGAAGCCCAAUAACCUCUCUGUCUAGUACUGUACUCUCACCGAUUACACCGCCAACAACAUGGAUUCUAGUUCUCAUCAGAACUGGCUAGGUUUCUCUCUUUCCAACCAUCAUCACAUGAAUAAUACCAUCAACAUCCCUACCUCUUCUGAUUCCUCUCACCUCUGUCUCUUCGAAGCCUUUAACACCACCACUACCUCAGCACAAGAAGUAAACGCAGUAGUAGCUGCUGGUAGAGCUACAGACAUCUCUUUAUUUACAGCUUCUGGACCAAAACUUGAGGACUUUCUUGGUGGUUGCACCUCUACAUCACCAUCACAAACACCACAACAGCAGCCACUGUGUGGUCAGUUCUCUACUGAGACACCCGUGACUACCACCGCUACUGCUUUAUCUGACAGUACUAGUUCUGAGAUAUAUGACUCCGAGCUCAAAACUAUAGCUGCUAGCUUCCUUCGUGGUUUUGCCUCCACUGAUCAUCAAAAAAUCGAUAGUACCCAAAAACAUCAACAACUUCUUGUUCAGGCCGAACAUGCACCAAAGAAAACAGUUGAAACUUUUGGCCAACGUACUUCAAUCUAUCGAGGAGUCACCAGGCAUAGAUGGACUGGCAGAUAUGAAGCCCAUUUGUGGGAUAAUAGUUGCAGAAGGGAAGGGCAGAGUAGAAAAGGAAGACAAGUUUAUUUGGGUGAAUUCCUUUUCCUCUUAUUUUCUUUCAGCCUUAUGAUAUUAAGUGGCUAUGACAAGGAGGAGAAAGCAGCCAGAGCUUAUGAUCUUGCAGCUCUCAAGUACUGGGGUCCGACCACCACAACAAACUUUCCGGUUUCUAACUAUGAGAAGGAAAUAGAAGGGAUGAAGCACAUGACAAGGCAAGAGUUUGUUGCGUCACUUCGAAGAAAAAGUAGUGGUUUCUCUAGAGGAGCAUCGAUUUACAGAGGAGUGACGAGGCACCAUCAACACGGUCGGUGGCAAGCAAGGAUCGGAAGAGUUGCUGGCAACAAAGAUCUCUAUCUUGGCACCUUUAGCACGCAGGAGGAAGCUGCCGAAGCUUAUGACAUUGCAGCGAUCAAAUUUAGAGGCCUAAAUGCUGUAACCAACUUUGACAUGAGUCGCUAUGACGUAAAAAACAUAGCUAAUAGCAAUCUUCCCAUUGGAGGAAUAUCCGGCAAGUCAAAAAAUUCCUCAGAAUCCGCUUCUGAUAGCAAAAGCAUUGAUGGAAGCCGAUCGGACGAUCGAGAUCUCUCCUCAGCAUCCUCGGUAACCUUUGCUUCUCAGCCUGCAACUUCUACUCUUAGCUUUGCCAUACCCAUCAAACAAGACCCGUCAGAUUAUUGGACCAAUAUCCUUGGAUACCAAAACACCACUACUAUGAACAAUGCCAAGAACAGUAGCAGCAGCAUUGUUGAUCCAAGCACUUUACUUCAAUCUUCCACAAGCGGUCCUGCUUUUCAAAGCCCAACAGUUUUCAAAAUGGACUUCAAUGCAAAUUCAUCUGUCAAUGAAAGCAAUAACAAUGGGCUAUUAUUCAAUGGUGGUUAUACACAGCAGCAGAUAAGUGGUAUUGGUACAUCAUCACCAAGUUCAAAUAUCCCAUUUGCUACACCCAUCGCCUUCCAUAGUAAUGGUAAUAGUUACGAGGGCAACCCAAGUUAUAGUAGCUGGAUUGCUCAACCUUUGCAUUCUUUCCAAUCUGCAAAGCCCAAACUCUCAGUGUAUCAGACUCCCAUUUUUGGAAUUGAAUGAGCUCACAAAAGAAAUGCAAAGGGGAAAUGAGAAUCUGUGCAAGAAUGAAAGUGAAAGGCCAGGUAGCUAGCUAGCUAGCUAGCUCGAUGUUGAUGCCAGCAUGCAAUGCCAUUAUGCAUAGAUGGAUUAACUUUUUUACUUUGAAUAGAUGAGUUGGGACUGACGAGCAUUUCCACGGGUAGCUGACAUUAGUACUAACUGCGAGUUCUUUCUCAGUUUUGUGCUCUUUAUCUCCUUCGCUUUUGCUUUUUCACUGACAUGAAUUUACAUGGGUAUAAAAUGAAGGAACAUGAAUAUUAUAUCCUUUUUGCUA